CUUCUUCGCGCAGGCGAAUUGUGGAUCACAAAACCAGACAGACGCACGGGCCGUAUAUUCAAGACAGCUCACGAAGACAGUUCGCGUUAGCUGUGAGUUGAUUGGUUCUGUACCAGACUGUACAUCGUAUCAUGCGUGAGUGUAUCUCGAUCCACGUCGGCCAGGCCGGAGUCCAGAUCGGCAAUGCCUGCUGGGAGUUGUACUGCCUGGAGCACGGCAUCCAACCCGACGGUCAGAUGCCCAGCGACAAGACCAUCGGCGGUGGUGACGACUCCUUCAACACCUUCUUCAGUGAGACCGGCGCCGGCAAGCACGUGCCCCGUGCCGUCUUCGUCGACCUCGAGCCAACCGUCGUCGAUGAGGUGCGCACCGGAACCUACCGACAGCUGUUCCACCCCGAGCAGCUGAUCACCGGCAAGGAAGACGCCGCCAACAAUUACGCCCGUGGUCACUACACCAUCGGCAAGGAAAUCGUCGACCUUGUCCUGGACAGGAUCCGCAAGCUGGCUGAUCAGUGCACCGGUCUCCAGGGAUUCCUCAUCUUCCACUCAUUCGGUGGCGGUACCGGAUCUGGCUUCACCUCCCUGCUCAUGGAGAGGUUGAGCGUCGACUACGGCAAAAAGUCCAAGCUUGAGUUCGCCGUCUAUCCCGCUCCCCAGGUUGCCACCGCCGUCGUUGAGCCAUACAACUCAAUUCUGACCACCCACACCACCCUGGAGCACUCCGACUGCGCCUUCAUGGUCGACAACGAAGCCAUCUACGACAUAUGCCGCCGCAACCUCGACAUUGAGCGUCCGUCAUACUGUGAAACCAUUCGUCUGAUCGGCCAGAUUGUGUCCUCAAUCACCGCUUCCCUUCGCUUCGACGGUGCCCUGAACGUGGACUUGACCGAGUUCCAGACCAACUUGGUGCCCUACCCACGUAUCCACUUCCCCCUUGCGACAUACGCCCCCGUAAUCUCCACAGAGAAGGCCUACCACGAGCAGCUCUCUGUGGCAGAAAUCACCAACGCCUGCUUUGAGCCGGCCAACCAGAUGGUAAAGUGUGACCCCCGUAAAGGAAAGUACAUGGCCUGCUGCAUGUUGUACCGUGGUGACGUCGUUCCCAAGGACGUCAACGCUGCGAUUGCCACCAUCAAGACCAAGAGGACCAUCCAGUUCGUCGACUGGUGCCCAACCGGUUUCAAGGUCGGUAUCAACUACCAGCCACCCACCGUCGUGCCCGGAGGUGACUUGGCCAAGGUGCAGCGUGCCGUGUGCAUGUUGAGCAACACCACCGCCAUCGCCGAGGCCUGGGCUCGUCUUGACCACAAGUUCGAUCUGAUGUACGCCAAGCGCGCCUUCGUGCACUGGUACGUCGGAGAGGGUAUGGAGGAGGGUGAGUUCUCCGAGGCUCGUGAGGACUUGGCCGCUCUCGAGAAGGACUACGAGGAGGUCGGUGUCGACUCCGUCGAGGGCGGAGCUGAGGAGGAGGGCGAGGAGUAUUAAACUCAACCGAUUUAAUAAGAAGAGAUGUUUCGGACUUACCGGUAUUAUCUGUAGCACUGGUUCUUUACUUCCUCAUAUAUCAUUACAAUAUGUUUUGGUAUGCGUUGUGUUCACAGUAUACGAUUUUUUAUACCGGUACAUUGAAAUAAAUAUAACAUAGUAUGAUUUAUAUAUAAAUAUAUACAUGUAUGUUGUAUCCAAUCCUUAUCUGCAUAUAUAUUCACCAUUACAAUUGUUGUUGGACCAUGUUUUGUUUGCUUGUAUAAAUAUUUUAUAUGUUAAGAUACGGCUGUCUUAUUGAU